GCACACCCUAAUAUUCCAAACAUGAGGGUGGGAGAAAAUGCAUUCCCGUCAUUUCUACUUACGUAACAGAGAUAGAAUCCGAUUGUGGGAGGGAGGGAGAGAGAGGAGAGAGGCAUUUGUUAAUCUCCUUAAACAGUAAAGCAGUGGGAAGUUGGUAAUAUACAAGGAAUGAGUGACAGCGGGGGAGCACCACCGGCAGACGACGGUGGAGUGGUAGCGUCCGACCAGGAAAUAGCGGAGGCGCUGGGUUCUCUCCUCCGCGAUUGCACAAACAACAACUCUUUCGCCUCCCUGAACGAUGUCGUUCGACAGCUCGAGUCGAAGUUAGGUUUCAAUUUAAGCCACAAAAUAGAUUUCAUUCGUAACCAGAUCCACAGUUUCAUCCUCUUCCAAUCCCAACCCCCCAAUUUCCUCUCCCACCAGAAUCAGCAAAAGGACCAUUUUGCCCUUCAACACACCCCUAAUUUCCACCCCGGUCCUUCCGCUCAACCAAAUUUCGCGGUCCAUCGCCCGGAGAAUUACGGGUACCGCCCGGCUCCCCAUCAGCUUCCCCCGCCUCAGCAGCAGCAUCAACCAUCACCACCACCACCACCUCCGCCACCGCAUGCCGCAGUGAAGACGAGUAAUGUGGCCGCUGUUAGUGUCGCUGCCAGUGGAAACCCCAAAGAGAGUGCUCCAACUGGAAGAAAAAGAAGAGGUGGCCCAGGAGGACUAAACAAAUUAUGUGGUGUUUCUCCUGAACUACAAACCAUCGUAGGGCAACCAGCUCUGCCAAGGACUGAGAUCGUGAAGCAGUUGUGGGCUUACAUAAGGAAAAACAACCUUCAAGAUCCAAAUAACAAAAGAAAGAUUAUUUGCAACGAGGAGCUUCGAUUGGUUUUCGAAACUGAUUGUACUGACAUGUUCAAGAUGAAUAAAUUGCUAGCUAAACAUAUAAUCCCUCUUGAGCCUACAAAGCAGACUGCUCAAAAUUUUAAGAAACCUAAGAUUGAUGUCGAAUCUGGGAGUCAAAAUGAUGACCCCGUCCCAAUUGUGAUAAUAUCUGAAGCCCUUGCGAAUUUCUUUGGAAGUGAUGAACGGGAAAUGUCACGUGCAGAGGUAUUAAGGCAGAUCUGGGAGUACAUAAAGGUCCACCAGCUGGAGGUCUGUAACCAAGAUCCUCUAAACUCAAUGACCAUUAUAUGUGAUACCAAAUUGCAAGAGCUUCUUGGAUGUGAAAGCAUUUCAGCAUUGGGGAUACCUGAGAUGUUGGCACACCGUCAUUUGUUCAAGAAAUCAUGACAGAUCAAUAUUGACUGAUACAUGGUGUUAAUGCUAACCCAUUGUGUUCUGACAUCAUCUCAAAUACUUCCCAGAUGACUUCUUUACAUUAGGUGUUUUGGGUUUAUGACUGGUGCUAGAAAGUUAUGAGUAGGUAAGUUAUGGAUGUUUACUUGGCUAAUAACAAGUUUUAUGUUGUGGCCAACUAUAGGUCUAGAGUGUUCUCUAUCCCCCUUUCUCCUUCCAUGCUGGGAUCUUUUCUUUGUUGGAGUUUCCAACAUUGCAUAAAUAUGCCUGACAGUAGAAGCAGAUGUAAAGAUGAUUAUAAGCUCUUCUUCUGGUUAUGUAAAAUGAUAUAACAAAUUUAGGUCAAUAUAUCUGCAGAUAUGUCUGCAAAUGUGAUUUUUCAAUUA